AUGCCGAUCAGACUUACAGACGAGGAACACAGCGAUUUAAGUCUUGACGAUUUUGCCACAGCUAGUAGCGCCGGAACUGACGUCAUGAGAUUAGACGGAACAGGAAGUGAACUUGGAGAAGAGGACAUAUCUGAAUUUGAUGACUUGAGUGACGAAUGUGAAUCGGAACACAAGGGAUCGGACGACAAUACUGCAACUAAAAACCAGAAGAGUGGAAUAGAAAAAACAGAUCAAGAACCAAAAAUUCCUAAAAAACGCGGACCGAAAAAGAAACAAAUGACAAAAGCACGUGUUGUGAAACUGCGAAUUCGACGUGUGAAGGCGAAUACACGAGAGAGAAAUCGUAUGCACGGUUUAAAUGAUGCGCUGGAUGAACUUCGUGAACACGUGCCUUGCUACUCCAAAACACAGAAACUUUCUAAGAUUGAAACGUUACGUCUUGCCCGUAACUAUAUAUUUGCUUUGGCCGAAAUUUUGAAAUCCGGGAUGAAACCCGACAGUGUUUCGUUUGCUAAAGCCCUGUCUAAGGGUUUGUCUCAGAAUACAAUGAAUCUGGUAGCCGGAGGAUUACACCUUAAUCCGCGCACUCUACUGCCCGAGUCCUCAUUCUCUAAACCCUACCAGUUCUACUUCAACAACACAUAUGAUCUCUGUUCGACGGGAAACGCCACAGUGCCUUAUUCGAGCCCCUAUCCAAUGCAACAGAUCACGAACAGUUAUAGCCAGCCCGUCAAUACCACACCGAUGCCUGUCCAUUCUGUCCCUAUAUCCCGUCAGCCGAUUACUUCCUGCCAGAACAACAUGUCACCCAUCCAUACCUCCACUCAGCCACUAUCGUACAUCACACCAAGAAACAACAGUCCCUUACAAGCACAGACAGCCAACUCUUCUCUACAAAUGGAAGCUAUGACGUCUUCCAAUUUUCUUCGUUGUGACAAUUCUGUGGAAUAUCAAUGCAACGGUUUGGCACAGGGUAUGUACGGUAAUUCUAAUGCUAUGCCCGGACCUGUGCCAAGUGUUCCGGAUUGUAGCUCUUACACAUUGUUGGAUGAUCUUGUCGAGUUCCAGACGGAUACACAUGUAGAAACGGAUCUCGCAAUGAUGAAUACGACGGCAAAUUUGUUUGACGUGACGGGUUGA